UCUCCAUGAAUAUUUUGGAAGAUUAUGUUGCUGUUGUCUUUGCUGGAGGGAGAGGUAAUCGAAUGUUGUCUAUUACUGAACAUAUUCCCAAACAUUUGUUGCCAAUAAUUAAUAUUCCAUUAUUUUGGUUUCCUCUCAAUUUGCUUCAAAGAAAUGGAUUUAAAGAAUGCCUUCUAAUCGUUCCAAAAACAAAAGCAGAUUUCAUAAAUAAAUUACUUUCUGAUGGAAGUUUACCGAAUCUUGAUCAACUUAAAGUCACAAUUUUAUCUUUUGAUGAUGAAGAAGAAGGAGCUGAAGAAUUUGGCACAGCUGAUGUUCUUUUACAAAAUUUGGAUAAAUUGAAGAAGAAAAACGUUUUAAUUGUAAGCGGAGAUUUAAUUUCCGAUUUGAAAUUGGAAGGAAUGCUUAAAUUUCAUGAAAAAGAAAAUUCAAUUUUAACAUGUCUUUUGACUGAUUCUCCACUUUCUGGUGCUAUACCUGGAACUAAUGAAAGGCCUAAAAAAUAUAGAGAUUUUGUUAUGUUUUCUCCAGAAAAUAAUCAAUUACUUUAUCUUAUCGACGAGGAUGAUUUUGGCGAUGACGAGAAGUUUCCUGCUUCUCUUUUUAAAAGCUCUUCACAUAUCCAAACGAGUGCCAAAUAUAAAGAUGUACAUUUAUAUGCCAUUAAAAGAGAUGUUUUAAAUGCUCUGAAAACUUCAAAAUUCUCAUUUUCUUCAUUAAAAGCUGAUUUUAUUUCAAAUUUAAUUUAUGGACAAUUUUCUAAAUCAAAGAGACGUUCACUUGGAUUUGAUGAACUACAAAAAUAUAAAUGUUUUGCUUAUUUUAGUAAUUCAACAGAGUGCUCUUUUUUGGCUCAAUGUAAUAAUUUGGGGGCUUAUUUUGAGGCUAAUAAAAUUGUUUGUUUUCUUUUUUAA